AACCAGCCCACUUCAGUCACUUCCCCGUCUUGAAACACCAGGAGAUACAGAUAUUCUUACAACUUAUCAAGAUCAACGGAGGAGUUGUUACGAAAGCCGAGUGAAGCAAUCUUGUCAGCUGGGCACCAACAUCGGGCGUGAGUGCACGUCUUCCCGGUAAAAGAAUGGCACCUAAGGUGGAAGCUGUUGGAGGUGUGCUAGGAGACCCCAAGCAACCCUUGAAAGAGCGUUUCAGGGCUCUCUUCACCCUAAAGGGUCUGGGAGGAGAGGCAGCAAUAGCUGCCAUCUCCCAGUGCUUUGAUGAUCCUUCAGUACUCCUCAAGCAUGAACUGGCCUAUUGUCUUGGCCAGAUGAAGGAUGUCAGGGCCAUUCCAAAACUCAUUGAAGUUCUGAGUGAUGUUAAUCAGGACCCUAUGGUGAGGCAUGAGGCUGGAGAGGCGCUUGGAGCUAUUGGGGAUCCUAGUGUAGAGGAUGUUCUCCAGAAGUACAGCCAAGAUCCAUGUGUAGAUGUAGCUGAGACCUGCCAGCUGGCCCUGGGCAGGAUACAGUGGCUGAAAACCCAUGAUACUCAGGCCUCAUCUGGGACAGAGUUUCUCUCUAUUGAUCCUGCGCCUCCAGACCAAGAGACUGACGUGGAUAAGCUGAAGGAGCGACUGGUGGAUGAGACACUGCCCUUGUUUGACAGGUACCGUGCCAUGUUCUCCCUGAGAAACAUCAACACAGACAAGAGUGCCCGAGCUCUUGCUGCUGGUCUGACCUGUCCUGGCAGUGCCCUGUUUCGCCAUGAAGUUGGGUAUGUGUUGGGACAAAUGAGCAACGCUGCAGUUGUGGAAGAGUUGGCGGCUGUGGUACGUAAUAAGGACGAGAGUGGAAUGGUGCGACAUGAGGCAGCAGAAGCCUUGGGGUCCAUUGCAACACCAGAGGCUGAGGAGGUGUUGCGGGAGCACCUUGGGGACAGUGUCAGAGUGGUCAGGGAGAGCUGUGUAGUUGCCCUUGACAUGUCUGAAUAUGAGAAUUCACCAAGUCAGUUCCAGUUUGUUGAUGGAGUGAACCAAGGGAACAAGACUGGUUAAGAAGUGCAGUCCAUACCUGAGAGCUAAUUUGGUCACCUGGUGGUAUGUCCCCAAGUGUGUUCUCUAGGAACUGAGCCUUGUUGAUGUUCUAAUACUUUUAUUGUGCUUUCAGUCAUAUCAUAUCUUUUGGUUUUAAGUCUUUAUUUGGAGUAUGAUCUCUAUUGUUCUUAUUAUGAUAAGCUUUUUUAUGCUGUCUUUCACCUCCCUUUCUGAUUGCAUUUCUUCUUAAAGCAUUUUCUAUAAAAUCCUUUUGAUGCUUGUCUGUGGCAGGGUUGUGAAUAAGUCAUCACUUACAAAGUCAAGUACCUUUUUUUUUUGCAAAGUCUAGGAUACCAAGUCAUCAUAGCCAAAACAUUGUCAGUCUUCUAACUUGAAAUAGUUAUUUACUGACACACUGAUAUAUAUAUAUAUAUAUAUAUAUAUAUAUAUAUAUAUAUAUAUAUAUAUAUAUAUAUAUAUAUAUAUAUAUAUAUAUAUAUAUAUAUAUAUAUAUAUAUAUAUAUAUAUAUAUAUAUAUAUAUAUAUAUAUAUAUAUAUAUAUAUAAUAUGAAGCACCAGCCUUGAAUAGUCAGUCAUUCUGGGUGUUAUUUGGAGUCUUUCAACAUGCCUUUCCACAACAAUAAUUAUAUGGUUCCAAGAGAAAAAUAAAAGAGCUAUUUAAAU